ACUGCCUGUUUAAGGUUUGUCCUAUGAGUCGGUACUCGGCUCAGAAGCAGUUCUGGAAAGCAAAGCAAGCCAAACAUGAGAAGGACAAGAUUGGUGAUGUGGUUCUGCUACAAAAACUACAGGUGAACUCUGUGAACUGCAACACCAGCUGGAAGAUCAACCUAUUCAUGAUGUUCAACGAUCACAGAGAGGAAGUCCUCAAAGGAGGCGACGUGGUGCGUUUGUUUCACGCUGAGCAGGAAAAGUUUCUGACCUGCGAUGAAUACAAGAGCAAACUCCACGUUUUCCUCCGAACCACGCUGAGGCAGUCAGCAACGUCAGCGACCAGCUCCAACGCCCUGUGGGAGGUUGAGGUUGUCCAUCAUGAUCCGUGCCGCGGAGGGGCGGGACAUUGGAACAGUCUCUACCGUUUCAAACACCUGGCCACUGGAAACUACCUGGCUGCUGAG